GGGACUCUUCGUCGGGUGACCUUCUCUGUAGUCAGCCAGCCCCAGGACGGAGGUUGCUAUGACAGUGGCCUGGAAGACUCGGAGACCCCGAGCAGCAAGAAUUCAUCAGGGCCGAGACUGGGAGCCCUGCCUCUGCCCGAGGAAGGCUACGAGCGGACCACACCGGAAGGUAGUGUGGGCGAAGAAGAGCACGUGGAAAAUGAUGCCAGACAGCUGCCAGACGUAGCCCUGACAGGAAAGUGUACCAGGGAGUGUGAUGAGUUUGGCCACUCUGACACUUGUUGGAUGCCUGUUCGCACUUCGCCUCGCCAGCGCCAGCGCCAUGGCAGCGACCCCCCACGGCUCUCCACUUUCGCCCCUGAUGACGAUAAUAACAAUCUCCGUGGUAACGACCAUGAGAGCGACAGCGAGAGUGCUGGCAGUGCGGGGAGCUCAGAACCCGGGGUAGUGAUCAGUGGAGAAGGUCAGAGAUUUCCCUUAGUCAACUCGGAUCCUCUCGGCACCCUGGGUAGUGCAGACCGCAACAGGAACAUGGGCGAUCACAACCGUAAUCUUCUGAACCGCAAGAUGACUUCGGCAUCCUAUGACACAUUUAGCAGUGCAGGCUUUGGGAGGCGCCAGCAGGACGAGGAAGGAGGAGAAGGCCAGAACCCAGCUGAGGUCAUUCCCCUGACGCGGACAGGAGGGGACUACAAGACCACAUCCUGCCUCACGUUGUCACGCCGAGAGGUCUACCUGUGACAGUCUUGCAAUUGAGCUAUCAUCACCACACUACUCCAUUUUCUGAAAAACAGGGAGGGUUAAGGAAAGAUGUUUUCUAAAAGCCGUUCAUCAAAUUGAAACUUUUGGAUUCUGGCUAUUAUUUAUAGGCAUCCUAACUUAAACAAGUGAUGGACUAACUCUUCUGAAAGCUCUGAAUAAGAGUACUUUCUUUAAAAAAAAAGUAUUUUUUAACUACUACUGAAAGUUGCCUUUAGGCAAAGAUCCUCUUGUAUGUCCACAUGGAGGAAGACAAAUUAUUCUCUUCUUCUUUGUACCUGAAUCAAAUGCAUGCCUGAUCCUCUGCCAUAGAGGGAUUUGUGUGAAGAAGAGAAAGACUGAGACUGAGUGAAUCCUGAUGCUUAACAUGCCUCAGUUCAUAUAAAAACUUUAACUGAGGCUACAGCAGGCAAGAUUUGAACUCAUCUGGUGAAUCAUCUGCUGAAAACCACUGAGGUCUUAUCAAAUAGAUGAAAAUAAAUAACGGGUCUUCGAUUGAGUUAUUUGGAUCCAACUCAAAUCAAUCAAACUCUCAAAUUCUCAUGCCUAAAAAACUCUGUUGUAACAAGCAAAGAUAUUAACCAAUCAAACAGCUUAUCCCGUGAGAACCUUAACAAGUCUUAAAAAAGUAUUGAAGAACUGACAAAAGUGUGUCACUGUACAGUUAUAUUGUAGAAAAACUUGCUGAUCUCUUAAAUCAGGUAUCUUUAAAAACAAAUGAUUCAGAACAAACUUCAACAAUGUGAAAAUGCCUUUUUUUUAUGGCAGUCAAAUGUAACCAUUCAGAAUCCAAGGUUCCCAUAGUGUCAGUAGUGCCACUGAAUUCCGGCGUGUGUGAAAAUAUGUCUUCAUUAUUUUUGCCUUUACACCCAGUCUGUAUGUAUAUAUUGUAUAUGUGUAUUUGAUAAGACGGCAGUGUUAUUCCUUGCCACUGUCCACCGUUUCAGAGUAGACUGAGGUGCUGUGUCCAUUACACGCCUACAAUAUCCAAACAGUGUUCCUCUAUCAUAACUGUUCUUUCGCACACACACAUGCGCACACAUAUACACAUGCCGCAUGCACGCACUUACACAUACACACAGACCUAAGCAUGACAACAAAAACUCAUACAGUGCAUUUACAGAAUGUGAACAUGCAUAGCGCCACAGAUUAUGACAUGAUUCAGUGGCUGUGAAACAUAGACUAUAUAAUAACUUGCAUUAACUUUCAUUCAGAAAACAUUAGGCACACACACACACACAUCAUAUUAAGUAAAGAGACAAAUUCAUUUAAGGAUUUGCGCAAUGCUCGAUUCAUAUGCACUGUGUGUAUGUGCUCAUCAUUUUUUUACAUAUUGCCUCAUUAAACUAGCCGUAGCAUUUUGCCUGCUCCCCCAAGCAAGUAUUUAAACAUGAAAUGUAUUUAAAUAAUGACUCAUCCCUCUGACUGAUGUGUGGAGAUACAUUAAAGGGAAUUUCAGACAUGUCAUCUACUGUAUGUAAUGAUACUGUAAGUAGGACUAAUAGAAAAACCAAAUUUCUUUAAGAAAAAAAAGGAAAUGAAAAAACUGCAUGAAAGAAAGAUAAUACCUUUUUUUCUCUCUUUUCUAAACCAUACGCCUUUUGGAUACCACGCCUAUUUGGAUACAUCUGUAUUUUAUGUAAGUGCCCACGGGGAAAUGGAGAUAAUGAUGGCAGCAAGUGAGUUAGUUUCAGUGGAUUAAACUGUUCUUACUUUAUCAUGAGUGAGUUUUGGGUAACCUUGGGCCAUUCUGUCAGUUCCCAUGGCUUGAAGUUGGCACAAUGUGUCCCGCAGGCUGUAACAAAAAGGAACACAAUGUAAUGGCAGCGCAGAGUUGGCUGUACUCUUUGCACCGCACAGUGCCGACCUGAACACGCCCUUGCCGCUGUGCUGAACUGCACAGAUAACAGACUCCUUCACAUUCGUCCUCCUCACAGCUACCGCACGACUGCAGACACACUCUGCUGCACGGGGCUGAGGAGUGGGUGUGGAUCAAGGCCAGCACAUCUUAAUUCCCAUCAUCAGUGUGUGGUUCAGUAGUGUGAUAGGAAUAAUAGGGUUAGGUUGUCCCUGUGGUCUUAAUGAGUUUCUUUUCUGCUCUCUUCCCCUCCCUUUAUCUGCACUGAUCUCAUUAAUGUUCGGAUUUGGCAAAUGUAACACUGCUGGAAAGCUGAAAAUUGCCAGUAAGCGUGUCUCUUCAUUUUACCGGUUGUUAUGAAUCAGAUAAGACGAAAGAGACAUGCUUGUGCUUGAUGUGCUACAAUUGAGUUCACAGAUCCUUGUAGAGCAAAUAAUUAGUCAGAAAGGAGAGUAACACUCAGGUAAGAUGUGCAACAAUGUUCCACUUGUUAACUAACUACACUGUUGCUGCUUGACUGUCCCCUCACUGAAAGGUAACCAUGUGGUAACAGUGAAGUAGGGAGUCUUCAUAUUACAACGGUAAUCAUCCUAAGAAAGGGGUGUGUUCAUGUGCGUGAUUACACUUUGUAUACCUGUAUAUACCUUGAACUUUACAACUCUGUGAAUGACUCCCUUUAGCUUGUUUAAGGCCACUGAUGUGCUUACUCCCUAAGCUUUCAUUACCCCCAAAUCCCCAACAUAGCUGUUUACUGAGCUCUGUUACUGAUGGACUGUGCUGAAGAACUUAAAGCCUAACGCAUGGAGUUAAUCUGUUGAAAAGGAUUUGGUGAAAACAACCACAGCUUCCUCUGCUUCUGCACAGCUGCUUACUCUGAGAAACAGAAGGACACAUGCUCUUUCUCUGGGAGAAAGAGUGGAGAUAAGGGUUUCUCCAUCCCUUGGAGGCGAGACAUUUCCUGAAAAACUAACGUCCAUUUAGUACGUUUUGGACAGAGACUCUUGACACGGCCCUGCCUUCUCAAAGUGACAGAUAUUUCAACAAACUGCUGUUUUAUGGCAGUUCCAUGAUGGCACCUUUCAAACCUUCACAUCGAGAUUCAAGGGAACUUGCUGUACAUGAAUCUGUGUGAGUGUGUAUCUUUUUUUAUACUGCACGUUUAAACAUGAAUAUCUUUCAGUCUACUGCAAAACAGAGAGGGGAGACAUACAGAGAGGAGCGUAACUCGGAGAUGUAUCACCUACUAAUCGGGACAUUUUGAAAAAAAAGACACUUUGGCGCAAAUCAUGUAACUGUCAUCCCCUCGUGCUGUUAACCUUAUAGCCAUGUACAGAUAAAACUACACUGUAGAACAGACAACUGGAAACCAUAACAGACAAUGGCAUGCCUAAGGUCUUCAAAUCUGCACUUGAGAAAAAAUUAGAAAAAACUGUUAUUUUUAUUUUCCUCUUCUUUGUUUUCUUUUCUUAAGGGGCUGGCUCUGUUUUUUGCUGCUCCCUUCCUGUAAUUACAUAAUGAACUAAUUGCAUUUGCUAUGACGAGGAAGAUGAAGAGAUGCCGACGUAUGGUUUGGUUUGAGGAAGAAUCGUGUAAAAGUUUGACUUUGACAUUAAAAACUUCAAACACU